AUGGGUGAUAGUAACCAAAAACUUCAUGCUAUCAUGAUUUCAUUCCCUUUCCAAGGUCAUAUAACCCCUUUCGUGCACCUAGCAAUAAAGCUUGCUUCGAAGGGCUUCACCAUCACUUUCGUCCAUACCGAGUUUAUCCACCACCAGAUAACCAAAUCCCAGCCACACAAAACAAUUGAACCCCAAGUUUUUUCCGAAGCACGUAAAUCUGGUCUUGACAUCCGUUACACGACGAUUACCGACGGCCUUCCAUUGGAGUUCGACCGAUCUUCAAAUAUGAAGCAGUAUUGGGACUCCAUCAUGCAAGUUUUCCCGACCCACAUAGAUGAGUUCGUGAAUAACAUGGUUAAGUCACAUCCAUUGUCGGCCUUUUUCCUUGUCACUGACACUCUUUAUGCCUGGCCAGCAACAAUUGCCAAGAAGUAUAACUUUGUCAUUGUUUCAUUCUGGACGCAACCUGCCUUGAUUUUCACUUUAUACUAUCAUUUGGACCUUCUAAUAAAAAAUGGGCAUUUUGCCUCCAAUGAUAAUCGCAUGGACACAAUUGCUUACAUACCCGGGGUCAAAGCAAUAGAACCCAAGGACUUGACAUCAACUCUUCAGGAAACUGACACAACAACGCUGGUACACCGAGUAACUUUCAAAGCAUUUGAGGAGGUCAAGAAAGCAGAUAUUGUUAUAUGUAACACUGUGGAAGAACUUGAAUCUGAAACAAUCUCAGCUCUACAUCAGAAGUCGCCCAUCUAUGCAAUUGGGCCCAUUUUCCCUCCUCGCUUCACCAAAAGCACUGUGGGUACCAGCCUGAGGGCCGCGUCAGACUGCACUGAGUGGCUUAAUACCAGGCCUCAUGGGUCAGUUUUAUAUGUUGCAUUUGGUAGCCUGGUAAGUAUUAGUGAACAUGAUAUGGCGGAGAUAGCCCAUGGCCUUUUGCUUAGUGAAGCUAAUUUUAUUUGGGUGCUUCGACCUGGCACAAUAGGUUCGGAUGGUACUAAUAUCUUGCCUGUCGGAUUUGAAGAUUCAAUCAAAGAUCGAGGUAUGAUAGUGCCAUGGUGCAACCAGANUUUAAAGAGCAAUUUUAUAUGGACUUAA